AGCGGCUGUGACCAUGGAGGCGGACGGGGACGAGCUGUCCGCGCGGCCGGCCCUGGCGACCGACGGGCUGCGCUUCCUCCGCGUCACGGUGGGCUCCCUGCUGGCCACCUAUGGCUGGUACAUCGCCUUCAGCUGCAUCCUUCUCUACGUCGUGUUUCAGAAGCUCUCCGCCCGGCUCAGGGCCCUAAGGCAGAGGCAGCUGGACCGCGCCGCAGCCGCCGGGGAACCUGAUGUCGUCGUUAAACGACAGGAGGCUUUGGCCGCUGCUCGGCUGAAAAUGCAGGAGGAGUUAAACGCGCAAGUGGAAAAGCACAAGGAGAAGCUGAGACAGCUCGAAGAGGAAAAAAGGAGACAAAAGAUUGAAAUGUGGGACAGCAUGCAAGAGGGAAAAAGUUACAAAGGAAAUGCAAGAAAGCCUCAGGAAGAAGACAGCCCUGGGCCUUCUGCUUCAUCCGUAGUCCAGAAAUGGAAAUCGGACCGAAAGCCCUUGCGGGGAGGGGGUUACAACCCUUUGUCCGGUGAAGGAGGGGGAGCCUGCUCCUGGAGACCUGGACGCAGAGGCCCGUCAGCUGGUGGAUGAGGCUAAGAGUCCUGUUAGUGUCGCUUUUGAUAAUAGCAAGAUGAACCCUUCACCCCUGACUCAGUUGCCUUAUGCACGCUUUUCACAGUG